GCGUUCUCCCCACUCCUACACUCCACCCCCGUCCCUCUUCCGAAGCUUCAAAAACCCUAGACCCUCCGCUCCAAAAACCCUAUCCGUGGUUCUAGGAGCUCCGAGCCCCGGCGCUAAUGGCGACCCGGUUCGGGAUGGCCGGGGGGAUCCCGGAGAGGCGGGUGCGGCCCAUUUGGGACGCCGUGGACUCGCGCCAGUUCAAGGCCGCGCUCAAGCUCUCCGCCGCUCUCCUCGCCAAGUACCCCAAUUCGCCUUACGCCCUCGCACUCAAGGCUCUUAUUUUGGAAAGAAUGGGAAAGCCUGAUGAGGCAUUGAGUGUGUGUUCAAAUGCCAUGGAGCUGCUAUUUUCAGAUAAUGUUGUUCACAUUGAUGAUCUCACACUCAGCACUUUACAGAUUGUAUUCCAACGGCUUGACCGCUUGGAUUUGGCUACAUCUUGUUACGAGCAUGCUUGUGCAAAAUUUCCAAACAACCUGGAAAUAAUGAUGGGUCUUUUCAACUGUUAUGUUCGUGAGUACUCGUAUGUGAAGCAACAGCAGACAGCUAUCAAAAUGUACAAGAUGGUGGGUGAAGAAAGGUUCUUACUCUGGGCAGUUUGCAGCAUUCAGUUACAGGUAUUACUGAGCAACGGAGGUGAGAAACUAUUAUCAUUAGCAGAGGCCUUACUUAAAAAGCACAUCAAUUCACAUAGUUUGCAUGAACCAGAAGCACUUGCUAUAUAUAUUUCAAUAUUGGAACAACAAUCAAAGUAUGAAGCAGCUUUGGAAGUGCUUUCUGGAAAUCUGGGUUCUCUUAUUGGAAGAGAAGAGGACAAGUUACGUAUGCAGGGGAGGCUUCUUGCUCGUGCAUGUAACUAUGCUGCUGCUGCUGAAAUCUUUCAGAAAGUCCUUGAAUCAUGUCCUGAUGAUUGGGACUCAUUCCUCAAUUAUUUAGGCUGUUUGCUGGAGGAUAAUACCAAUUGUUUUAAAGCAAGCACUGCUAGUCAUACAUGCUUACCAAGUUCUGUUGAUUCUCAAGUGCCUAAAGAGACCCAUCUUUCUGAGGAACUGUUUGAUUCACGCCUAUCGAGUGCUUUGUCAGUUGUGGAAAAGUUACAGAAGGAUGGCCAUGAUGAUUGUGUUAGAGGACCUUACUUAGCUACUAUUGAAAUUGAAAGAAGACGUCACUUGAAUGGAAAUGCUGAUGAUGGCAAGUUUCUGGAGGCAUUGCUUAUUUAUUUUCAAAGGUUUAAUCAUUUGUCUUGCUUCGCUUCUGAUGUGGAAAUGUUCCUCCAAAUGCUUACACAAGAUGAGAAAUCUGAACUACGGGAGAAGUUCUUGAACAUCUUGGAAGCUUUGCCAACAACACCUAUAAAAAGAAUUGGGCAGGUCAUAACAAUUUUUAAGGUUCAAGAACUUUCUGGCGCCAUGUUCAUGGAGUCUGUUAAAGAACUUGAAGGUACUGCUAUAAAAAUGUUGGAGAUGUUUUGUGAGAACCUACCACUUUCGAGGGACCUGGAUCCUCAGGAGAACAUGUAUGGUGAAGAACUUUUGUCCAUGGCAAGCAGUGUCCUAGUCACGCUAUUUUGGCGUACAAGGAACUUGGGAUACUUGCUGGAGGCAGUUCUGGUUUUGGAGUUUGGACUUAUUAUACGAAGAUAUAUCUGGCAGUAUAAGAUUCCUUUAUUGCACAUAUAUUCUUUCGUGGGGGCUCUUCCACUAGCACAUGAUUGGUAUGGUACCUUGGAGGUUAAAAAUAUCCUGCAAGAGACUAUGUCACACCACAUCCUACCUCAGAUGUUAAAAUCACCAUUUUGCUCUGAAGCUGCCGACCUUGUAAAGGAGUAUCUGAAAUUUAUGGACGACCAUUUGCGAGAAGCUGCUGACCUCACCUUUCUGGCAUAUCGGCAUCGUAAUUACUCAAAGGUAAUCGAGUUUGUUCAGUUUAAAGAACGCUUGCAACAUUCAAACCAGUAUAUGAUGGCAAGAAUUGAAUCUGUUUUCCUUCAGCUGAAGCAGAAAGCUGAUAGCCUUGAAGAAAUACAGGCCAUUUUCCAAAGCGUGAACUAUGGUAUGAAGUUGCUUGAGCUGUCAAAUGAGGAUAAACUGACAUCAUUAACAUUUAAUGAGGAUCUACAGACACGUCCUUGGUGGUCGCCCACAACCAACAAAAACUUUCUUUCGGAGCCAUUUGAAGAUGGAUCUGCGUGCUCUAGGGCUACGAUGCUGAGCAAGAAGAAAACAACUGAGGAUGAAGACACCAAGAAAAAAGAAAUUGAGAGAAAAUCUCUUAUUCCACGGCUUCUUUAUCUAUCAAUGCAAGCUGCUUCAUCCACCGUCAAGGAAAACUCUGAACCUAAUGGCACUGCCUCUGAUACUAAUGUUGCCGCUGAGCUGAAAAUUUUGCUUGAGAGAUAUGCAAGGAACAUCGGUCUCACUCUUGACGAGGCAAUCAGUGUGAUCCUUGGGAUCUUGGAGGGCCAAAAGUCCUUCAAGGAACUCUCCUCAGAUUCAAUCAGCUGGAUGAACUUUGCUGUAUUUGUCAAUGCUUUGAACUUGUCUUCGAAGAAACCUCUGCUUCCUAUUGAGGAUAAGUCAAAUCCAACUUCGUGGCACAUAGUUGAUCGCUUAACCAAGACCUGCGUCAUGUAUCACCUCUCACACUCGGAACCAAUAUUGACUUCCCCUGGAAAUCAACUCACGGUUUUGGUUCAGUUGGUAACAGAGUCAUUCUCUUGGCAAAUUCUUAUAAUUCAAUCGUGCAUGAAAUCACUUCUUCCCAUUGGAAAAAGGAAAAAGAAGAGCGGCGGUGGCAGCGGGUUAAUGGACCAGCCAAACUUGCCUAAGUUGCAGGCUGUUCAAUCUUCGAUCCGGUCCUUGAUGGAUACAAUAAAAGAGAUUCAGACACGGGUAGCGGACCAAAUUAAUGGAUCGGAGGACAAUGAUCUGGACACCUUAUUAUCCUAUGUGCAGAGAGAUGAUAAUGGGCCGGGCCGAAUAUUCCGGAUCUUAGAAGAAAAUGUAGUCGCCAACAACCCAGACUUAGGAGAGAGGAUUUCGGAUUCUCUAAAAUCGUGGAGCUCCGGUGAUGUGUUGAGGAGAGUAGUUCGAGCGCAGCGCAAGUAUCUAACAGAAUUCAACCAAAUUUGUGAUUCAAAAGUGAAAUUACUGGGGACCUUGAGGCAAUCAGCAUAGACGAUAAAGAUUUCGGCCAGAUUAGUAAAUAGAGAAAGGUUUUUGUUGUACCUUUUCUUUUUACUAGAUUUCACGCCGAAUUAACGCUUUGUUGCUCCUAUUUAUGCUGUUGUAACAUUCGAGUGAAUAAUUUUGAUCUCAUUGGAUUCCUCUUUUGUUCUGGUUCUUUGGUUCGAGGAGGGUGCUUUUUUGCUGUAAUGGAUGCGGCACAUACACGAUCGAUAAACCACGAUAUGGGGUUUUUGAUGGCAUAUUUGUGAGUUGACAUGCUUUGCUGGGCCGUUUGUUCAA